GAGACCCGCACUCUUUUUUUGCGUCGCUCGAGCGCCCGCGUUCCCCGCUUCGCCGAAACUACCAACCGCCUCGCCGUUCUCCUCUCCCCGUGGCGCCGCCGCGCCGCACGGCGGGAGGGCAACUGACCGAGGGAGACUGCCCACCAGCGUGCCGCGCGCCGUCGCCUCCGGCUCCCUGGUUCGUGGAAUAAUGGCGGCGGCGGUCGCGGGCGGUGGGGAGGAGGGGGAGGAGCUGCUCCUGCUCUCCGCCGUCGAGGCCGGUUCCUUCGGCGGCGGUGGCGACGGUGGCGGCGCGGGCGCAGCGGCGGAGAAGUCGUGGCGCCUCAACUUCGACGGCUUCCGACCGCCGGAGGUGCAGCAGGAGAGGCGGCCGCCCCGCGGGCUCCACCACCACUGCCUCGGCGUCCUAUCUCAAGGUCCUGAGGACGUAGUUGCUGAAUACUACCAACAGCAAGUGGAAAUGCUAGAGGGCUUUAAUGAAAUGGAUACACUUACUGAUCGUGGUUUUCUUCCAGGAAUGUCCAAGGAAGAGCGUGAGAAGGUUGCUAGGAGUGAGACUUUAGCCAUCCGGCUAUCGAACAUAGCAAACAUGGUUCUUUUUGCUGCGAAAGUGUAUGCUUCUGUGAGAAGUGGUUCACUUGCUAUUAUUGCUUCGACUUUGGAUUCUCUUCUUGACUUGUUGUCAGGAUUUAUCUUGUGGUUUACUGCCUUCUCUAUGCAAACACCAAAUCCCUACAGAUACCCUAUUGGUAAAAAGCGUAUGCAGCCACUGGGAAUACUUGUCUUUGCCUCUGUUAUGGCGACACUUGGCCUUCAGAUCAUCCUAGAAUCAGUACGCUCGUUGUUGUCUGAUGGGGAUGAGUUCAGCUUGACAAAAGAGCAAGAAAAGUGGGUUGUGGACAUCAUGCUUGCAGUGACAUUAGUGAAACUUGCCCUUGUUUUAUAUUGCCGGACAUUCACAAAUGAAAUAGUGAAGGCUUAUGCACAGGAUCAUUUUUUUGAUGUCAUCACAAAUAUGAUUGGUCUUGUUGCUGCACUACUAGCGACUUAUAUCGAAGGUUGGAUCGACCCAGUUGGUGCAAUCAUCCUAGCAAUCUACACGAUCAGAACAUGGUCGAUGACGGUGCUCGAGAACGUCCACUCCCUGGUCGGGCAGUCAGCCUCGCCGGAAUACCUUCAGAAGCUGACCUACCUAUGCUGGAACCACCACAAGGCCGUGAGGCACAUAGACACGGUGCGGGCGUACACGUUUGGCUCCCAUUACUUCGUCGAGGUGGACAUCGUGCUGCCGUCAAGCAUGCCGCUGCAAGAGGCGCACGACAUCGGCGAGGCCCUGCAGGAGAAACUGGAACGCCUGCCUGAGAUCGAGCGAGCGUUCGUGCACCUCGACUACGAGUUCACCCAUCGGCCCGAGCACGCUCUGUCCCAUGAAAAAUAGCCAGACGCAGGUUGCAAGUUCGCAACCACUGGUAUUAAGUUUAGCAGCAGCAAUUAGUUUCAGAAUUUCUGGUGCUCGUCAGGAAACCUGCGGGUGUAUGAGAUUUUAAUUCUGUAUACUGGAUUGGCGGGUGUGACAGUGCCAAAGCCGUAGAUUGUGAUUUGUAACUACUUGUUGUAGACUAUAGGAUUCUUGACUGUUAAAUCCGUCAUCUCGAUCAUCUCGUGUAGUACAAUUUAUACUCAAAGUCUAGAGAGACAUAUGCCUGGUAAUUACAGGCUCACAGCCACUUUACAUUAAUAUACGGUCUUCUGCUCCUUCGGCUACGAAUCA